AUGAUCGAAUGUCUCUUCUGUACAUUUCCACAUCACAGCCGCCAUGUGUUGUGGUGAAGAAAAAGCGGGGAGGGAAAAAAGCUGAAGUUCUUGCGGUUACAGGAUGUGACGAGCUCUUCUCGCUCAGAGGGACCCAGGUCCCAAAAAGGAACAUCUGAAGAGCCUAUGAUCACAUAAAAAGGUGCCCAGAGUCUCACCAAAAAAACCAAAAGAGGGGUGAGAAAAAGGACUCCGCUUGCUAGCAGAAAAUGCACUGGCAAAAAGCUUCUGCCCCAGAGCCACCCCCUCCGCAGCCCUCCCCUCGCCCCUACCAAGGUGUCCGAGUCAAAGAGCCGGUGAAGGAGCUCCUCAAGAGGAAGCGUGGCAGCCUCCAGAAUGCCAAUGGAGCCACUGCAGCCACCACGACGGUAUUUUUCCCCCAUCAGGCGCUCCCAUCUUAUUCGCCAGCAGGCCAGGUCUGUACCGAUUCAGAGUUCGUUGCUUCUCCAUUGGUGGAUGAUGGGACUCUCUAUUCUGGAUGGCUAGCGCAACCCUCUCCGGCCGCUCUGCAGCCAUUGACCCAAUGGACAGCCUAUCCUGAUUACAUGCCACACGAAGCGGUCAGCUGCCCUUACACGGGGGAGAUGUACGUCCAGCCAGUCUGCCCCAGUUACACACUGGUGGGGACCUCGUCAGUGCUGACCUAUGCCUCCCAACCCCUGAUCACCAACCUGACGGCAAGGUCCACCUCGACUCCGACCGUCAUGCCUCACUUGGAUAUGUUGGAACAACAAGGCCCCCUGAGCUACUUUCCAUGGACUCAACCCAUCUCUACUCUUCCGGCUCCUUCCUUACAAUAUCAGACGGCUUCCUCGGCCCUUCCGGCCCCCCAAUUCCUUCCCCUUCCUGUGUCAAUCCCGGAAGCUGUCCCUCAAGACCUGGAAGACACCAGGAAAGAGCUGGGUGGACUGUCGAUGGAGAAGCUCCUCCUUCAAGAGGAGAAUCAUGGCAUCUUUGACUUAAGCAACAGCCUUCCAGUUGAAGGACUCUAAAUCCCCAUUGCAACCAAACAAACAGGGUGAAAUGUCUCAGGAAGGAUGUUUCCUUCUGUGUCUUAUCUCUCUUUCAACGGUUUCAGAAAUGUUCUCAAGAAGUUGUCCUUUCAACAACCCCAUUGAAGGCAGUUCAGCCAGGACAGGCAUGGGCAAACUUGGGGCCCUCCAGGUGUUUUGGACUU